AGGUGCGGGCGGGGCGGCGCGGUGCAUGCUGGGAGGAGCUGGAGCAGGUUAGCAGGAGGAGAAGCAGCCGGCGGACUCCACCUUCACCUCCAACCGUCCCGCACGGUUCGGCUGGCCGAACCCGACCACCCGAGGACCGCGCUGUCCUUAACCGAGCCAUGGACUUCCGCGGCCGGCGUCUCACGGUGUAGCCCGGUCCAGUCUCCACAGAACCAUGGAGCCAGAAGUGGUCCGCAUGUACUCGUCCUCUCCUCCACCGCUGGAGGACGGCGCAGAGGAAGAGGACGAUGAGUUUGGGGACUUCGGRACCUUCUCCAGUGUCCCCAGCAGCAUCAGCCUGUCUGAGUUUGAGACCCAGACCACGUUCAACCAGACCCAGGCCCUGACUGCCACCUCGCCCCCCGAGCUCCUGAGCAGCAGAGGGGGGGUGGGSUUCAGCUGUGGCACCUCCAAUGGGACCGAGCUGUCCAGGUCCAACGGCGUGGGGCCCAGGAACCACCUGGACCUGGACAGAACUGAACCCAGGAAGGUGGUCUCCUGUUCGUUGGACUCGUCUGUGAGGGGUCCRGCUGGCAGCGAGUGUAACGGUGGAGACCCAGAGGUGCUGACCAACGGCUUUGUGACCUUUGACCUUCAGGGAAGCCCCUCCCCUCAGGACUCUGUCCACUCUCCGUUUAGAGGACUGUCCACUGAGGACACUGUCCCCAGCCCACAGGACCAGUUUGCAGACUUUUCUGCUUUUUCCAGCGCUGAGGGAUGCCUGGCGGCUCAGGAGGGUCCUGUGGCGUCCCACCUGCCGCUGGAGACUGCCGUCCACAAUCAGGGAACAGAGGACACGGUCAGGGACACAGACAGGACCGGAGCUGAGACGCCGGGUUGUCCUGGUACCACAGACUCACUACAAAGGGACAGAGUCCUCACGGAGGACCCCUCACAGACUGAUUGCACUAAAGACCCUCUGGUCCUGAUGGAUAGGUCCAAAGAGACGGUGGAGGACGGGGACAUGGAGCUUCAGUCUGAUGCGUUGCAGUCAGACGAGAAGAGCUCAGAGACGGAGACGGAGACAUCGUUUGGACGUCCUCUGUCCACAGAAGCCCUGGAGGAGUACGGAGACAUGAGCCUUACCGGAUCUGUGCCGUCUCCRCCCCUCCAGGGAGACACGGCCACCCCCGCAGAGGAAGACGAAGACUUCGGAGACUUCGGGGACACCGGCUCGUUCGGCGGUCAGGACUUUUCAGGUUUUGAACACCUGGAGGUUCAGCGGGACCAGAACACGUUGCAGGGUUCUGGUCCUGCACAGGAAGUGACYGACGUGGAGCAGGAAGACGACUUUGGAGACUUCAGCUCCCCCAGGUUGGACUCCGGGGGGGACGAGGGGGKGCAGUUUCCUGCCAGCGACAGCUUCGGGACCUUCAGCUCGGCUGCAGGAGGACAGCAGGACUCUGGAUGGAGCGCCUUCGGGGACCAGCAGGAGACGCAGGRGGAGUCCUGGGCCGAGUUCAGCACCGAGCCGAGCGCUGCGCCUCCUGCAGAGAGGGAGGAGCAGGAGAAGGAGCAGGAAACAGGAAGUCCUGCAGUCAGGGAGCAGGUGGACAGGACAGCAGAACAGACGGCGCUGCGGUCCAGCCGUCUAGAGAAGCUGUUCCACUGCAGCUUCCCUCAGAACUCCGUCCAGAACCAGCAGCUGGAGGACCAGGUGGUGUCCCUGAAGGUCCUGCUGGACCCCACAGAGGACCGACUGAAGCCUGGAGUCCAGGAGGAGGAGCAGAGGACACCCUGCAGCCUGUCCGUGCACAGUACCAUGUGGUCCCGGCUUCAGGACGUCCACGAGGCGCUGGGUCUCAGGUAUCAGUGGGGGGGCUCGCACUGCAACAAGGUCCUGCUCUGCUGCCUGGGUAUCGACACCAGGAACAUCCUCUUCACGGGCCAGAAGAACAAGCCGGUCAUCGUCCCCAUGUACGCCGCUGGCCUGGGGAUGCUGGAACCCACCAAAGAACCGGUGAAGGUGGUCUCUGCAGCUGAGAUGAUCGCCUCCAUCGCCCAGUGGCCUCCUGCAGCUCCAGAGAAAAGCUCCUGUCCCUCAGACUCUGUCCAGCAGGAGGCGCUCCCACCCGUCCAGUUCGACUGGAGCAGCAGUGGCCUUACCAACCCUCUGGACGCCAGCGGAGGCUCGGCUCUGUUAAACCUGGAUUUCUUUGGUCCUGUGGAGGAUUCAGGUUCCAGCAGCUCAGCCUCCAUCCCAGGUGUGGACCCGGAGCUGUUCGAGCUGACCACGGCCAAGCUGGACUCUGGAGGGUCCGGCAGCCGUGUGGCCGACGCCUUUGCCCGCCUCAUGUCCACMAUGGAGAAGACCAGCACGUCCACCAGGAAACCCAGGAAGGACGAGAACCUGAGCGAGGAGGCAGYGAAAGUCAUCGUGGCGCUGCCCGACCUGUCCUUCAUGCAGGCCAAGGUUCUGAUGUUUCCCGCCACGCUGACGCCGCUCAGCUCGCAGGCCACGGCCGACUGAAGCUCCACCCCUUCACCUUACCUGGCCCCUCCCACUUUAAACUUUUUAUUUUUCUUACCGUGUUUAGUUCCUGAUUCCAACGUUUAAAUUUUGGUUUGUGACUGUCUUCAUGUAUCUUUUCAAAAUAAAAGCAUUUAUAAUGUGGGGGGAGGGGUUAAUGUUUGAAUGGGAUGAUUCCUGCUUUUAUUUUGGCGGGAGUGUGAAGGAAACACUGGCUGAAGCUCUUAAAGUGAAGGAGGUGUAUAAAUCUAUAAAAUACGUUUAUAUUUAGAGUUUAUAAAUCUAUUUAUGGACUAGAAACCACACUGCCUGCAAAAUCCAGCUGAAGUUUGUCCCCCGUCUUCAGAGGCCUUAGUUCUGUUGGGUUGUGUCUGUCCUUCAGCGUCCCUGUCCCCUGCUCUCCCUGUCCCCUCAUGUCCCUGUCCCCUGCUCUCCCUGUCCCCUGUCUCCGGGGUAAAGCGGGACGCUUGGAGCACAGAGGCGUCUCGUCAGAAGGACCAACAGGUUUCUGGAUGUUGCACAUUKUAAAGAUGAAAUGAUGUAAUGGUAGUUCACUGUGGCUUUAGACUGUGUGCAGGUCAAUUAUGGGAUGGACAUGUUCCCAUGGAAACCAGCUGAAGCACUUCAGAGCAUGUCAGCUUCUGUCCAGACCACCGGUGUGUAAAUUUUAGUGUACACAAGAAAAUUAAACUAAUUUAAGAUGAAAA